AUGGUUGCCCUCCUGUUGGAAACUUCCCGGACAAAGGUGGUGCCCUGUGCUGUGACCUGCACUCUCGGGAAGUUAUUUUAGAAGGAAAGAAUACAUGUAAGAAAGAAGAUGUCUCAUGCCGGGAGGCGAUACCAGGAAAAGCAGAACAGGCACCGUGAGAACCACAGAUACGAGGAAGACAGAAGAGUGAGAAAACUUCACGCGUACAAUGGAAGAUCAACAGAAGACAUCCAACCUGGCCAGCACUCCAGGACUGCUACUGUUCAUUCAGAUGCUUGCUCUAAAACCUCAGCAGGAGAAUAUUUCAGCCCACCACCAGAGUGUUAUCCUCCUAAGGAAACCUUCUCAAUGAAGUGUUCAAAGGUAUGCACAACAAGAGGCAUUUUGAAGUUUGUGGAAAUCACAGUUAACAUCCUCGUGCUGAUUUGUGUGGCUGCUGCCCAAGCCUCUGUUGCAGGCUUCACAUCCUUUGGUGGGUUUGGCAUCGGAUCCUUUAACCUGAAUUCAGCAUACAGCCCCUUUGAGGGCACAGAGCUCCAGGAGGUAAGGGAGCUAGACAUGCAGUUCACCCAGAUGAGAGCUCCUUGCGUGUAUGGUGGAGUCUCCUUCAGCUUAGCAGCAGGGGUACUUACCCUUGUCUUCCUUGUUGUGGGGGCAAAACCCAUCCAACAGCUGAGGGUGGGGCUGCUGGCAGGUGAAUGUGCCUUCAACCUGCUGGCUGGCACAUCAUACAUCAUAGCAGUUGGCCUCUACCUGCAUUUUGUCAGCCAAGUGAACUCCACAGAAGUCUGCAAGAGGCGUGAGAGACUGUAUGCACGACGUGGUUACACUUCAAUGAACUGUGUGGUCCAGGGUGGUGAUGCAGCCGUCGGCCUUUUUGGUGUCGCUGCUGCCUGUUUGUACUUUGCCAGCUUUGUGGUCUGCAUCCUUGCUAUCCGAACAGUCCGGGCCUUCCACAGCCACAUGGUUAAGGCUCAGCACAACCUCAGAGACAGAAGUGUCAGAAACCACCACACCACCCACAGAACCACUGAAAGCUCUCACAACAUCCAGGCUCUUGCCACAUUAGUGUGAAGUCAGCUCAGAUACUGUGCCAGAGAGCCAGAGUACCAGACACUGGGUGUCACAUGCUAAACAAGCGACCAGUCCACACCCUGUUGUCCUAUAAGGUGCUGAAGUGUGUUACCAAACCACCAAGUGUAACAAUACUGCUAUAACCUGAUGUAAUAAAAUUGACA